UUAGCGCUCCUAAAAACACCUGGAGAAAAUUCUGGAGGGAUUCUAUUUGAAGUCGACAUGGGCAAAGCCUGCCAGAAAGCACUGUAAACCAGACAGAUACACAAGAUACUGGUAAACAAACCACAUGCUGUUUCUUUUUUACAAUGUCAAAAUACAAUUCAAUUCUUCUGAUUUCCUCCAGACCUUAAAAGUUUGACAUUUCAGGAAAUUACAUAUUUGCCAUUUAGCCAGGAGAAGAAUAAUGUCAUUCUCAUGUUUGUCUAAUAUGAAGCUGUAGCUAGCUGAACUUAGCACAAAUACUGGAAACAGGGGGAAAUAGCUAGCCGUACUGUAAUAGAAAGGGAACUAAAAUGAAGCAUCAAGAUGCAGCACAUUGAAAGAGGAAGUCGAGACAUACACAGACAGGCACAAUAUAUAUUCCCAAGUUCUUUUGCAAAAGCUCUUUUCUUUCCUUUAGCAGGAGACACACAAACAGGUUACAUAUAUCAUCAGCAACGAUGCCAGAAAGUGACAGACCUCAACACACCAAUGGACUUCUAGCAUUAACAGUAGUAUGUGCUGUGGGGAUUUUCACCAUCAUGCCCUUUGCUCAGGGGGUAGUUGGAAUAUUAUACAUGAAUGACUGUCCGAGGCAGCCAUUCAUCCCCAUCUAUCUGUUGCUAAUAGGAGUGUGCAGCAUCAUAGAGCGCUGGUGCCUUAACAAGUGCAAUACGCUCCUUUAUAGAGUGUUCUCUUUCUUCGUUUUCAUCUGGUUCAUCGCUGGUAAUGUGGGUAUCUACUCUAUUUAUGAGCCCAACUACAACAAGAACACAACACAAGUCAGUCCCUACUGCAACAAGACACUCUACUUGUUUGCCUUUUGGACCAACAACUUAACCUACAUCCUGCUCGGUGUGCUUUUUCUCUCUUGGUGCUGUUGUACACAUGAAGAACCUGAUGAUGAGGCACAAAGACCCUUGCAGAGAUAUGUAGUGAUACAUACCAGAAGCUCUGUUCCAAAUCCAAAUUAGUAAGUGAGUUUCAAUCCCAAAAGACAGAAACCAAAAGAGACGUGAAGAGCCCUUGUUCCUUCUUGAAUUACAAAGGUUUCCUGAACACUUUGAGAUGCGUUCCCAAAACACACACUGACAGAAAAACUUUGGAACCAUAUUUGUCAACUUGUUGUAAUCUAAAAAAAACACUUCAAUUGCGAAAUGUAAUCUUGAUGCUGAAAUUCAGUUUUGUACUGUCUAACAUGAAUAAGUUGCAAUUCUAUUAAAACUAAACCAUAUGAACUGAAAUGAUCCCCUAGUAUAAUACAUAUGCUGUAUUUGUUUAGUUAGCCCCUCUCUAGUAUUGUGUUCAGUUACUUCUCUUGUCUAGGUUAGAGAAGCUAUAAGAUGUCAAAACAUCCCAGUAAAAUAAUAUUGCAAUGACAUAAUGUGAUCAUAUUUGCUUCCAACUUCGAAAUGCUUAAUUUUGGUUAUUAUAUGUCUGUUUUGCAUGUUUAAUUAGUUUGUCAUAUUAUCUUGUCUCAUCAGUAGAAACUAUGUUUGAAACAAUAAUUGCAGGUAGGAGUUGUUUUGUAACUUUAUCGUAUCUUAUUUUGUAUCUUUUUUAUUUAACAUUUUAUUUAAGAGUAAUAAUGUGAUUCUUUUAAGUUUAUUAAUUACUGUUAUGAACUGUCUAUGACUGUGUUUGAUUCACAUCCAUUAAACCUGUUGAGAUCAUAAGAAAUGAUGUUACACAAACAUGAUGUUUAAAAUAUCUGUCUGUAAGAAAAUGUAAAUGAGA